AUGUCACUAGCAAAUGUUUCUACCAAGUUCUUUAUCAGAAAUGAAGCACACCGUUUUGAAGACAUAUGCUUGCGAGUUCUUUCCUCAUGCAACUCAAAGUCCUUGGAAGAAGGUCUCUGUGUACACAGCCCAAUUAUCAAACUGGGUCUUAACUGUAACUUGUUUUUAAGUAACAAUCUUUUGACAUUAUAUGCUAAAUGCUAUGGAGCUGAAUAUGCGCGCCACUUGUUCGGUGAAAUGCCUCAUAGAGAUGUUGUGUCGUGGACUGGAUUGCUGUCUGCUUAUACCAGGGAUGGGAAGCAUGGUGAAGCCCUUGAAUUGUUCAAUUCAAUGGUAACUUCUGGGGAGAGCCCGAAUGAGUUUACGUUCUCGAGUGUCUUGCGAUCGUGUUCUGCUAUGGGCGAAUUCGACGAGGGAACUCGCGUGCACGCCUAUGUGAUAAAACUCGGGCUCAAGUGUAACACAUUUUUGCUUAGCUCUUUGAUUGAUUUUUAUGCAAAGUGUGGCUGCAGCGAGGAGGCUCAUGGCAUGUUCAGAUAUAUGGACAGUGGUGAUACUAUAUCUUGGACAACUAUGAUAUCUUCAUUAGUCCAGGCUCAAAAAUGGAGUCUGGCUUUAGAGCAUUAUAAUGAUAUGAUCUGUUCUCGUGUUACUCCAAACGAGUUCACUUUCGUGAAGCUUUUGGCGGCAUCCUAUCAUCUUGAUUUGAAUUAUGGGAGACUACUACAUGCCCAUUUGAUAAUGCUUGGAAUUAGGUUUAGUUUGGUCCUGAAGACAGCUCUUGUGGAGAUGUAUUCAAGUUGCAAAAGGAUGGAAGAUGCUGUUAAGGUCUUGCAUCAGACGAGCGAGUAUGAUGUAACGUUAUGGACCACUGUUGUUUCUGGUUUCACCCGAAACAUUAAAGUCAAGGAGGCUGUAGCUGCAAUGCGCAAGAUGGAGAUCUUUGGGUUUGUGCCAAAUAGUUUCACGUAUUCUAACAUACUGACGGCUUGCUCAGCAGUUUCUGCACUGGAAUUGGGAAAGCAGAUCCAUUCGCGAGUUAUUAUGACUGGUCUGGAGGCUGAUGUUUGUGUUGGAAAUGCACUUGUUGAUAUGUAUAUGAAAUGUUCCCACCUUGUAGAGGAUGGUUUGAGAGCCUUUUGGGGGAUAACCUCGCAGAAUGUCAUCUCGUGGACUUCUUUGAUUGCUGGUUUUGCUCAGCAUGGUUUUGAACAAGAUUCUUUCCGGUCUUUUCUGCAUAUGCAAGCAGCAGGGGUGCAACCAAAUUCGUUUACCCUAUCUUCCGUCCUUAGAGCUUGCAGUACAAAUAAAUCACAUAGUCAAACGUUGAAGCUCCACGGAUAUAUAAUAAAAGCUAAAGCAUAUUCUGAUAUAGUUGUUGGGAAUGCUCUUGUAGAUGCUUAUGCUGCACUAGGAUUGCUGGAUGAUUCAUGGCGUGUUAUAAGCACGAUGAGGCAUAGAGAUACCAUCACCUACACAAGUUUAGCCACACGAAUGAAUAAGUUGGGCCGUCAUGAAAUGGCACUGGAUGUCAUCAAUCGCAUGUAUAGAGACGGCGUUAAGAUGGACAGAUUUAGCCUGGCAAGUUUUUUAUCUGUGUCAGCUGCCUUAGCAACAAUGGAAGCUGGUAAGCAACUUCAUUGUUAUGCGAUUAAAUCCGGUUUUGGGGGCUGCACUUCAGUUUCUAAUGCCUUAGUUGACUUGUACUGGAAGUGUGGUUAUGGAAAUGAUGCUUACAAGGCUUUUGCGGAAAUAUCUGACCCUGACGUUGUAUCAUGGAAUGGGCUAAUAUCUGGAUUGGCAUCAAAUGGUUAUAUCUCCGGUGCUCUUUCUGCCUUCGAUGACAUGAGGUUAGCAGGACUCAAACCCGAUUCUGUUUCUUUCCUAUCAGUGCUUUUUGCUUGCAGCCGUGGUAAUUUGGUUAAUUUGGGUAUCGAGUAUUUCCAUUCAAUGAAAAGCAUGCAUAAUAUGACCCCGGAAAUCGAUCACUAUAUUUGUUUAGUAGAUCUACUUGGCCGAGCUGGCUUGUUUGAAGAUGCCAUGGAAGUGAUUGACAGCAUGCCCUUUAAGCCAGAUACUUUAGUAUAUAAGACAUUAUUGGGUGCUUGCAAACUCCACAGAAACAUACCUCUUGGGGAAGAUAUGGCAAGACGAGGUCUUGAACUUGACCCAUCCGAUCCGACUUUCUAUUCGCUACUUGCCAACUUGUUUGACGAUUCUGGCCGGUCCGACUUAGGCAGGAAGACCCGCGAGCUGAUGAAAGACAGAGGAGUAAGAAAGAAUCUUGGCCAGAGCUGGAUAGAGGUUAGGAACAAAGUUCAUAUCUUCAAUGCAGGAGAUAGGUCACAUCCACAGAUAAACGAGAUCCAUGACAAAAUAGUAUCACUCGCAACCGAGUUAAGAAAACGAGGAUAUUCGUCGUAUGGAGAUACGAAAGGUUCUUUCUAUCACAGUGAGAAGUUAGCUUUUGCAUUUGGUCUUCUUAAUACACCCUCAAAGGCCGCUGUACGGAUAAGCAAGAACAUGCUUAUUUGCGGCGAGUGUCAUGACUUCAUAAUGCAGGUGACCCGAUAUAUUGACCAAGUGGUAAUUGUUAGAGAGAGGAACCGAAUCCAUGCCUUCAAGAAGGGGGAAUGCUCGUGCAGAGGCUGCUGAUAAAUUUCACAGUCAUUCUCUCUCUCUUGAUAUCGGCCAACGUGAGCAUUCUAGGAUUCGAUGUUUCACCGUUGCUGUAUUCUUUGCCUGAACUAGCUUGCUUGUUAUAUUCAUUUCUUAUGUUGCUUCUUCAUUGAAGUUGGCCACUAAAUUCCGGAGUACGAGAUUUUGGUAAAGCC